UAGCCACCACAGCUUCUUUCGCUGUCUGAGACGAGUUGCAAUCAGUGGUCGUAUGCUGUUGCGCCAGUCUGUGGACGUUGCUGUCGGUAUGUGUGCAGGUGUGAGCUCGAUGUAUACCACACCCAAGCUUUUCAGGCUGCCGGCAAUUCCAGGAUGCGCUCCUACUAAAAGUAACGACAUGUUGCUUUUCCCAGCUAUGGAGAUAGGACAAAGGCCACACCAUGUCAUUUAUUUUCCGGGGGAUGUACAGAAUUACAGGGAUGUCAUGGCAGCUCAUUCAGAGAAUUUCCGCUGGAUGCGCUGGAGCUUUGAAGAUGUUGCUGCACUUUUGUCUAAGCGGUUUACCACCUACAACAUCUGGAUUGUGAAGUCCUCCCGUAUGCAUCUGCACAAGUUCAGCUGUUAUGACAACUUUGUAGAGAGCAACAUGUUUGGAGCACCAACACACUCUGGAGAAGUGGUAGCUUUCAAACAAUUAUUUUCAUUGCUAGUGAAUGCAUUUCCAGUGGCACAAAAUAUUCUACGGUCUCAGAAUAACAAGUAUGUUAACAGAGGCUAUAACCUUUCUGUGUAUGAUAAAAGUGGCUGUCCUGUUGAAACAAAAUGCGGAACAUGUCAGGAGGCCUCUGCAAUUCAUUUUGGUUUGCCAUCUGUAAAAGAUUCCUUAUCACUUACUCUGGUUGGUUUCAGCAAAGGCUGUGUGGUCUUAAAUCAGUUGCUCCAUGAACUUGAACAAGCCAAAAAAGACAAAGAUAUCAGUUCUUUUAUAGCAAAUAUAGAAGCUAUGUAUUGGCUAGAUGGUGGGCACUCUGGGGGAUCUGAGACGUGGAUUACCCAUCCAGAUAUUUUGAAAGUUUUUGCUGAAACAGGCAUUGAUGUACACACCCAUGUCACACCGUACCAGGUGAGUGAUUCAAUGCGAUCUUGGAUUGGGCAGGAGCAAAAGAAAUUUGUACAGAUUUUAAAAGAAAAUAGUGUAAUGGUUGAUAAUCGGCUACAUUUUAUGUAUGAAAUGCCUUCUCUGGACAAUCAUUUCAGAGUUCAUGAAGUAUUCUGAAGCUGUUUGGAGCAACAAUGGCCAUUAAUAAGUGACAGAUUUAAAUGCAGUGGCAUCAAAGAUCAAUGGGCUUCAUUAAUGUGGAAAGAAAACAAAUUGCUGCAAGCACCAUUCAUUGUAAAUGUAAAUUUCAGCAGGAAAAUGCUUGAUCAUUAAAAAAGUAAUGAAGCUAUGAUUCUGCCUACCAAAUACAUUCUUCUAAUUGCUUUGUAUCGCUAAGACUGUUGGAACAUCUUCUCAAUGAAGAGUUAAAUGUACCAACUUCCAGUUUUUGUGCAGGUCUGGAUCUGUUAAUUCCUUUAGUGCUUUUGAAAAUAUAAUUCUUUAUGGGUCA